GGAGCAUCACCAGUCCAACUGUUGGUUUCUAUACGUAUUAUUCAUCGUAUUUAGCCACAACGUAACGAAAUAACAUUAUUGUCUGAGUUAAUUAUUACUAAUUCUCGAAUAGCAUCGAGCAGUCAAUACAAUGCCAUAAAUAUCAUUAACCUAACUAAUGCCUCGUUUCCAUGUGGCUUCUAACUACAAACGUGGAAGAUUUGCGUCAAUCCUAACCGCAAGGCUGAAUCAGGGUUGAAUGUUUUAGAAGUAGGCGUAUGAUAGCGUGUAAGUUAUUGAAAAUGGGAUCUACAAACUCGCAGCGAACCAUCUCACAAUUCCAUGGCCGGAUAUCCGAGGAUACAUGGCAAGGGGAGAAAUUCCACGAUGGUGACAACUUAUAAGAACCCCAUUGUGUAUCGUUGCCUAUAUCAAGAAUUAUAACAUCAUCAGUCACAAGUACAACAUCUGCCAUCCUAUCUACAGUAUUAUCUGCUCCGCACUAUCGUUAAUUUCCCCAAGCACAGCAGACUUCGUCAAACCUCAUCAAGAUGCAGAUCAAGACUCUUCUCCCUGUUGUCCUCGCUGCCGUGGCCUCUGCUAGCCCGGUAGCAAACCCCAACUACAAGACGUCUACCCCAGAAGCCACGUACCCAACCACCACUAAGGAGGCCGAAUACCCAACUUCUACCCCCCAGUACUCCACCUCCACUCCGGAGCAAUACCCAACCACUACUGAGAAGAAGACCCAGUACUCUACAUCAACUCCAGUAGCCCAGUACUCAACCUCUACUCCAGUGGCUCAGUACUCGACCUCUACUCCUGAAGUCCAGUAUUCCACUUCCACUCCGGAGACUUACCCUACAACCACUCCAGAGACCUAUCCUUCUAGCAGCAAGAAGGAGAAGCACACCAAGACCAAGGAACCUAAGGAGUCUAAGACCAAGGAGCCAAAGCACUCAAAGUCCAAGGAGAAGAAGGGUUACCCAACCACUCAGUACCCAACACAGACGCCUACGACUGCAGCGGGGUGCCCUGCUGGCACGCCAUCAGCCAGCGCAGCCUCAAGCCCUGCCCCCGCAUCUUCCAGCGCUGCUCCUUCAGGUGGCCUUGGCAAGAUCUGCCCUGGAGGUGACACUCCCCUCUGCUGCCAGCUUGAUGUAGACGGUAUCCUCGAUGUUACCUGCGAGAGCCCUGCCCAAGAUCUUAACAGCCUCGAAGAAUUCACCGAGGUCUGCGCCGCCAUCGGCCUAACCGCCGAGUGCUGCGUCUUGCCCCUCCUCGGCGACGCUCUUCUCUGCACUGGCGUAUAAACAGGGAGUUCGGAGUUAUGACUAACUGACCUAAAAAUUUCCAGGGGGGCUCAUUUAAAACCAAAAUCAGGAGGGUGGUUUGGGGUAAUUUUAGACGUCUGCUCACUAACUGAGCUGCGGUAGCAGCCUGGGAUCGGGGUGGACACUUUUCAUUCUGUAAUAUUCUCUGUACUCGGCUUUACGUCGACAUAUUUACCCGUACUAUCCUUUACAUAUAUUUUUAUGAGCUUUGUUUCCCUUCUGAGCAUAAUGGAGCCUCAUAUUUCACUUACUUGUAUUUCGUCGUACGUUGUGUCUGUGAUGCUAUUAAUGAUUCAUAACUAAAGCCAAAUGUGUGGAUGGGAACUAGGCUGACAGGUACCUAAGCACUUGCCUUAGGUGUCGUAGAGAGCCUAACAGCUGCGUAUAUAGUAAUGUAGACAAGAUUUUAUAGCGGCUCUACGGUGC